CCUUCGCUGUUGUUGUUCUUAAAGGAGACGCAUCCCUAACAGGCCUAGUCCAAGCCAACGAAAUACGAGGCUUGCUAUAGCUUUAAGAAGAAAAUAUUUGGUGAAUGUUUGUAAAUAUUACAUUUAUCAUAUUCCGUAACAUUUUUAACUCAUAAUUUAGUAAUAAAAUGCCUGCUUGGUGAAAUUUACCGAGUCAACAAAACUUGCCUCCGUCGGGGCCAUCGACGUUUCGUUGGUGUUAAUCUUUCCAUGUUGAUAACUUAACUAUUUACAAAAGUAUUAAAGGACCGCAGCAGUUCCAUAACAACUAAUUCAUAGGAGGACGAGGUUUGCGGUGUUUUCUAAAAGAGUAAAGAAAGGAGCUUAAAUGCAGGCCGCAGAUGCAUCCGCGGACUCGACUGAGCAGUCCAGCGGGAGAGGAGGAAGUAGAAAGCGCGUUAAAGCUGCAGUGACCCCCCCGGACGGCGUUGACUGUUUAACUGGUACUGUGCGUGUGUUGCGAGCCAGAGGAGCUGUAUCUGACUGUCAUGAGUCAAAGAAACCCUCAACCAAGAACAAGUCUCUGUGUCUUCAUCGUGGACUAAGAAGACCGACUGGAUCUAAAAAUGCACCUGCAAUGAAACCCUUAAAGGAAUCCCCAGCUGUAAAAGUAUCCAAAAACAGUCUGGGGACUAAGCCGGACAAGUCUAUAAAGGGCAAAGGGAGACCUCCACGCAGAGCUUCUCGCACCUCACUAGCAACAGCAUGCAAGCCAGAAGCAGAGGCUGAGGCUUCAUCAAGUGGAGAGGAAACAGGUGCCUCUGAAGAAAACAAUAACACGGGCCCAUAUGAUGUCGAUGUCCACGACAGUAUUUCGGAUCCAGAUGCUGCCCUCGAUGAGGACCCUCCAUUCAGGGAUGACCCCAAUGACCUCAUCUGUCCACCCGAGACAAACAUUGAACAAUCGGAGCGGCGUGCAACGUUGCAAAAGGAGGUCAAGAAAGAGGAGUCGGAUACGGAGGAAGAAGGCAUAAAAAAAGAAGAAUUGACUGAGAUUGGCGAGCAAAGUGAUGAUGGAGCAGGCGAUGCCACUGAGACACCCAGGAAGAGGGGGAGAAAACAAAAAGAUGACAAAGCCUCCCGGCCACCAAAACGGAGGAAAAAGCCCCCAGUGCAGUAUGUCCGCUGUGAAAUAGAGGGCUGUGGGACGGUCCUCGCACACCCACGUUACUUACAGCACCAUAUAAAAUACCAGCACCUGCUAAAAAAGAAGUACAUGUGUGAUCAUCCCUCGUGCGGACGCUUGUUUCGUCUCCAGAAGCAGCUGCUGCGCCAUGCCAAACACCACACAGAUCAGAGGGACUACAUCUGUGAGUUUUGUGCUCGAGCCUUCAAGAGUUCCCACAACCUGGCUGUGCACAGAAUGAUCCACACAGGGGAGAAGCCGAUACAGUGCGAGAUCUGCGGCUUCACCUGCCGUCAGAAGGCCUCCUUAAACUGGCACAUGAAGAAGCAUGACGCAGAAGCCUCCUACCAGUUCUCUUGCUCUAUUUGCAACAAAAAGUUUGAGAAAAAGGACUCGGUUAUUGCCCACAAGGCCAAGAGCCACCCUGAGGUGCUCAUCGCCGAAGCCUUAGCAGCCAAUGGGGGCUCGGUGAUAAGCAGCCCGACCAUUGUCCCAGAGUCAGUCCCGACGCUCUCUCACCCUGACACUCCUUCUGCUAGCAAGAACGUGGACGGUGGUACGCAUACUCCCUUGGAGCAGGUGGUGCUCCCACUUGCUCCACAGACUCAGGUGGAUGUUCCUCAGGGUCAGUUCCUCCAACUGCCCACGCAUCAUGUGGUGCAAGUGGCACAUCAGCAGCAACCGGCCACCUUACUGCACCUCACCACUGCUUCUCCCGCUCACCUCUCCAGCACCACCCACCCCCAGCUUAUCCAGCUCUGCACCCUCCCUGUUGGUACCGUCACAGCCAUGCCCACUUCAGACCAGCACAGCACUCUUGUCAGCCUGGGCUCCGUCGCCACGCUGGCCUCCACAGCGUCCUUGGCUCAGCAACAGGAGAUGCAGUGGGGAAGGGAGAGCCAGGAGGACACACAGGUGCCUGGGGAGGGGGAGCUGUGGGACAGGGUGGUGGUGGGCGACGGGGAAAUUACCUGGGAGGGUAAUGGGGAGAGGACAAAAGAUGGUGAAGGGGUUGUUUGGGAAAAAGAAGGGGAGAAGCAGAUUAUGUUACAGUUCGCUGAAGUUCAUGGAGAUGGUUUGAUCUAACCGGACAGACAAAGAAGUGUUUGAGGAGAGAAGAAAGAAAGUUUUGAUUUAAGAAAUGAAGUGGAGACUGAACGAUCUUGGAAGGUAAUAAUAUGUGUGAUAUAUAUCAGAUAAAUUCAUGUUAUCCCAAUGAACUGUUGCAGUCAUUUAGAGUUCAAUCUACAGCAAAAAUACUUAACAUCAGGGAAUAUACUAUAUAAACACGAUAUAGAUUCCAAACACUUAGCUCAGUACUUAAUGAAUGUUUUCUAACUGGGGUCUGUUGUGUUUUUAAACUUGUGUAUGUUGAUUUUUUUUUAAGAAUACACAGACAGUUGUACGGUGGUACAUAUACAAGAAAGUCAAAAAGAUAACAUUUAUGUCUCCAUAUUGUCCCUGCCGUGUUUACAGUAUGUCUGCAGGUUAAAUGGAUAAGUAUCAUUGGCUUUAUUAACAUGUCUAAAGGUUGAAGUUCCUGUACAAUAACAAUAAAAACAUUUCUAUGAGCAAGGAAUACAACUAAAUGAAGUUCAAAAAAGAAGUUGUAAAAGUCCAACAUCAGGUAUAUUAAUAAUGUGUAUAUACCGGUAUGUAAGUAAUCACUUUAAACAAAUCUACAGUAUAUUGCUUUGAGAAGAAGGCGUUUGGAAAUCUAAAUUGUAUAAGUCUUUAAGAAAUGCAGAAUCCUUUCUUUAAAAAGUUGUAAGAAAUAACUUUAACCUUUAAGAACCUGAGUAGUGUCAUUUCAUUCAUGUUUGUACUUGAUGCCUUCUGAUUUGAUCUUUUAUCACUGAGUUGUUUUGCUUUCGUGUUUUUUUCCCACAGACUAUGCAGGCCGUAGGUUUCCUUGGUAAAUCUUUCUCUUCCAGCAAUCGUCAAUUAUAACGUAUACCUCUUUGCACUGCCACAACUACUGAGCAGCCAUACUACUACGGUCUUAAUUUAUCAGAAACUGUGUCAAAUAACCACAAUAAAAGGAACAUGUCUUGAAGCCUU